AUGAUCUUGGUGAUAAUACUCUUCACCACUGCAAGCUUCCUGGUCCUGGGGGUCAGUGUAUGGGUUCUCAUAAAAGAGAUCUUCACUGUACAUGUUCCUCCUCCCAUCCACCAACGAGUGAAAUUUCACAUUCUACACUUCUUCUUCCAGUUGACAAUAGCAUUGGGGAAUGUACUGGAGAAGAUGAAAAUUUGUUCCAUGCCCCGGUUUUUUUGCUUUUUUCAAGACCUCUUGGUGUCAAAAAAUAACUUUGGUGUGUUGGUGAAGAACUUGCGUUUUGGUACAAUCCCUGUGAGGUUGUUUCAGCCCAAGACAACCUCCUCUGGCCCCCGGAGAGGCAUCAUCUUCUACCAUGGAGGAGGUUGUAUGUUUGGUGGCCUGGAUUGUUACCACAACUUAUGCAGUUACCUGGCCUCAGAGACAGAUUCAGUACUACUAUCCGUGGGGUACCGUAAGCUUCCUGACCAUCAUCACCCUAUUAUUUACCAGGAUUGCCUGAAUGCCACCAUCCACUUCUUGAAAGAAUUGAAAACUUAUGGGAUAGACCCUGAACAGGUGGUGAUUAGUGGAGAAAGCAUUGGAGCUGGGGCUGCAGCUAUUAUUGCCCAGGCGUUAUUGGACAGAAAAGAUCUUCCAAAGUUUCGGGCUCAAGUCCUGAUUAAUCCAGUCAUUCAGGGGAUCAAUUUCCAGUUGCCAUCUUACCAGCAGUAUCCAAAUGCCCCAUUUCUAUCUAGGAAAUUUUUGGUGACUUGUGUAUGUAAGUAUUUGGCCAUUGACCUGUCCUGGAUGGAUGACAUGUUGAAAGGUACUUUUAUACCUCCAGACAACUGGAAAAAGUAUAAGAAAUGGCUCAGCUCUGACAACAUCCCCCAAAGAUUCAAGAGCCAAGGCCCACAACCUGAGUCUCCUGGGCCUUUUAAUGAGGCCGCUUAUUUAGAAAUUAAUCAUAUUUUCAAUUUAGAAGUGUCACCUCUACUGGCAGAUGACAAGACCAUUGCUCAGCUUCCUGAAACCCUCCUGGUGAGCAAUGAGUAUGAUGUCCUCCGUGAUGACUCUAUACUCUACAAGAAACGAUUAGAAGACCAGGGGGUUCCUGUGACUUGGUGCCAUUUAGAAGAUGGGUUUCAUGGAUGCAUUAUGUUAUUUGAUAAGAAAGCUUUAUCUUUUCCGUGUUCUCAUAAGGCUAUGAGUUCUACAGUCAGUUUCAUAAAGGGCAUAAAGAGACCUCAAAAUUGA